UGUCUUCUCAUCUUUGUUUGCGCGAAUCCAAGGCCAAGGAGAGAAGGCUUCAGGGGUUUGAAAAAGGUUGAUAUUGAAGUCAUGGUUCUUGACUCCAUUCUGUCUUCUCCUCGUCUGAGGUCUCCAUCUCUCAGGAGGCAGUUUGCAAAGGAUGAACUGGGUAGUUGGUCCACACUUGUCCAGAGGCAUCGCUUCCUCUUAUCUGCACUUGUUCUGCUAGCUAUUCUUUGCACUGUUUAUCUUUACUUUGCUGUCACUUUAGGGUCUAGUGGCACUUGUUCUGGUUUGACUGGAGCGCAGAAAGCUUCAUGCCAUAUGGAGCUUGUUAAAGAUUCUAUGGCCAAGGGUAAACUGAAAAUUCUUUGAUAUUUCAAAAUAUAACUAUAAUGGAAUAUUUCUUCUUCAUUUUUUCUUUUGCCCGAGUAUAGAUGACAUGAAGUCCAAAUAUAGUCUCCGGCUACACCAAUAGUGUGACUGUGAUAUGUAUACAUACUAUUUAUCUCGGUAUUUGUGAGGCAAAAUGUAGAAUACAUGUAGAAAGCAAUUUCUUAGAUACAUUAUGAUAAUUUUAGUCAUUGCUUCAUUGACA